AUGACCUUGCCGCCGCGCCGCGCGACGCGGCAGGCCAGGCAGGGCACCAGCGCCGAGACGGGGACGACUGAGGAAGAUGGCGAGCCUGGCGGAUCCAGGGUGGCACGCUUCUCCAAGACCAAGAUGUGCAAGUUCCACCUCGUCGGCAUGUGCGCCAAGGGCCCGGCCUGCCCCUUCGCCCACGGCCAGGAGGAGCUGGCACCACUCCCGGACCUGACGUGCACGAAGCUGUGCAAGACGCUGAUCACCACGGGGAACUGCACCGACCCCCUGUGCUCCUACGCCCACUGCAAGGAGGAGCUGCGAGCGACGAGCACCUUCCACAAGACGAAGAUGUGCCGCUUCUCGCUCAACGGGUUCUGCGCGAUGGGCGCGAAGUGCAACUUCGCGCACAAUCCCAAUGAGAUACGCAACGUCGACUCGCCGCUCGCAGAGGUCAACGUCCCGAUGUUCAACGCCCCCAAGGCGCACCAGCGCGGCGGCUUCGAGCCCCACGGCCGCACGGCUCCCGCGGGGUACCCCUUCAGCGCCGCCCCCGCGGGCCAGCCGCGGUACUUGCCCUCCCCGAGCAUGCCGCAGCACACCGCGGCGGAGCCGCCCGGCCGAAGCCGCGGCAGAGGCGCAGGUGGCGGCGGAGGUGGCCGCACUGGCGCUCGUGGCGGCGCUCCCCUCGCCGAGCCCGCGGCCGCGGCCCUCGCGGAGUCCGCCGCGGCCGCGGUGCCCGGCCAGCCGCGGCGCCGUGGUGGCAAGCGCUCAGGGACCAGCUCUCAGGCGCGCGCGGCCGCCGGCCCGGGCGGUGGCUGCGGCGCCCCCGUCGCGGCCGCUGCCGCCCCGGCGGCGCCCGGCCCGGCGGCCUCCGAGGCGUUUGACCACACCGCGGAGAUAAGCAUCGGCGCGGCUUUGCAGGAGUCGGCAGGGCCAGACAUGGGCAUGCCGUACACUGGCGGCGGGCCUGACAUGGGCAUGACGUUCACAGGCGGCGGAACUGAGAUGAGCAUGUCGUUCAGUGGCGGCCGCCUGUCGCGAACUUCGUCAGGCAUGCAGCCGCAGAGGACAGCCCCGCGUACGUGA